GAGGGGCUCCUCUCUCUCUCUCUCUCUCUCUCUCUCCCGUUUGCUGACCUCAUACUUUUUCAUCCAGACGUUUAUCAAGACUUCUUUUCCAAUUCAUACGUGCCGACGAUCAAAGGCGCCCUUAACUUUUUGGAGUGUUUUAAAGCGGACGGAUACAACAUGGAUUGUUUCGUGUGAUUUGUUUUCACUGAAGGAUUUAUAACCAGCUGUUUUUGUUGCGGAUAAGAAGGACAGCCUACACGUUGACAAAAGACGCCUAUGAGGCUUCGAAAGUGAAGAAGAUAAAAAAGCCGCAAGAUGGACCUGAAGCUACUUUUCAUAUCAACAUUAUUAGGCAUUGUUUGUUACAGCAGUGCACAGCAAGAGGGCAAUGAGUGCAUCAAAGCCAAUGCAUUAUCCUGUGGAGAGUGUAUACAAGUGGGGGCUAAAUGUGGCUGGUGCACUGAUGCAGACUUUCUUAAACAGGGAGAACCCACAUCGGCCCGCUGUGAUGAGCUGGAGUCACUCCUAAAGAGAGGCUGUGCGGUCUCCAAAGUCGAGAACCCUCGUGGGAGUCAAAAGACCCUCAAUAACAAGCCAGUGACCAAUCGCAAGAAAGGAGCCGAAAAACUCAGACCCGAGGACAUCACACAGAUCCAGCCCCAGAAACUCAGCUUGAAACUCAGAUCUGGUGAGCCUCAGAAUAUUAAACUGAAGUUCAAGAGGGCUGAGGACUAUCCCAUUGACUUGUAUUACCUUAUGGACCUGUCCUACUCUAUGAAGGAUGAUUUGGAGAAUGUAAAAAACCUGGGGACUAGUUUGAUGCUGGAGAUGUCCAAAAUUACCUCAGAUUUCAGAAUUGGUUUUGGCUCUUUUGUGGAGAAGACCGUCAUGCCUUAUAUUAGCACCACUCCAGCCAAACUUCUUAACCCUUGUACCGGUGACCAAAACUGCACCAGUCCCUUCAGCUACAAAAAUGUGCUGAAACUCACUAGCAAUGGUCAGCAGUUCAAUACUCUGGUGGGCCAGCAACAGAUAUCUGGUAAUCUUGACUCACCUGAGGGAGGAUUUGAUGCUAUCAUGCAGGUGGCUGUUUGUGGGAACCACAUUGGCUGGAGAAACGUCACUCGUUUGUUGGUGUUCUCUACUGACGCAGGUUUCCACUUUGCCGGAGAUGGAAAACUCGGUGGAAUCGUUCUUCCCAACGAUGGGAAAUGCCACCUGGAAAACAACAUGUAUACAAUGAGCCAUUAUUACGAUUAUCCCUCCAUCGCCCACUUGGUUCAGAAACUGAGCGAAAACAACAUUCAGACCAUAUUUGCCGUCACGCAAGAGUUUCAGCCUGUUUACAAAGAACUUAAAAACCUCAUUCCCAAGUCUGCCGUGGGCACACUGUCGGCAAACUCCAGCAAUGUUAUAAACCUUAUUAUUGAUGCCUACAAUUCUCUCUCCUCAGAGGUCAUCCUGGAGAACAGUAAACUUCCUGAAGGCGUGACCUUCACAUAUCAAUCCCACUGCAAAAAUGGAAUAGUGAAUGAUGGUGAAAAUGGAAGGAGAUGCUCCAACAUUUCCAUUGGAGAUGAGGUAUCCUUUAGCAUUAAUAUCACAGCUCAGGGCUGCCCCAGACCAGGCAAGUCAGAAAGCAUUAAGAUCAAACCCUUGGGCUUUACUGAGGAGGUCGAGAUCAUGCUCUCCUUUAUCUGCGAGUGUGAUUGUCACAAACAAGGCAUUAAAAACAGCGACCUGUGCCAUAACGGCAAUGGAACAUUUGAGUGUGGAGCCUGCAGGUGCAAUAAGGGACGUGUUGGACGACAGUGUGAAUGUCGUAAGGACGAGGUGUCCACCGAGGACCUGGACAAGAACUGCCGCAAGGACAACGGUACAGACAUCUGCAGCAACAACGGCGAGUGCGUGUGCGGCACCUGCGAGUGCAAGAAGAGGGACAAUCCAGAGGAACGCUACAGCGGCAAAUACUGCGAGUGCGACAACUUCAACUGCGACCGUUCCAACAAUAAACUCUGCGGAGGACAUGGCCGUUGUGAGUGCAGAGUGUGCAAAUGCGACGCUAACUACACUGGAAGUGCCUGUGACUGCUCUCUAGACACAUCUACAUGUUUAGCCUCAAACAAGCAGAUCUGUAAUGGCAGAGGGACCUGCGAGUGUGGGACCUGCAGGUGCACGGACCCUAAAUUCCAAGGGCCCACCUGUGAGAUCUGCCCCACCUGUCCUGGAGUCUGCCCUGAGCAUAAGGAGUGUGUGCAGUGUCGGGCGUUCGGCACAGGAGAGAAGAAAGACACCUGCGAGAGAGACUGUAGUUACUUUAACCUCAUCAAGGUGAAGGACAGAGACAAGCUCCCUCAGCCCGUCCAGGCCUUCCCUCUUAUGCACUGCAAGGAGAGAGACGCCAAUGACUGCUGGUUCUACUACACCUACGCCGUUAACAACAACACUGAGAAGGAGGUCCAUGUGGUGGAGGAUUUAGAGUGUCCAGCUGGUCCUGACAUCAUCCCCAUUGUGGCCGGUGUGGUCGCGGGCAUCGUUCUGAUUGGUUUAGCCCUGCUGCUGAUCUGGAAGCUGCUCAUGAUCAUUCAUGACCGACGCGAGUUUGCCAAAUUUGAGAAAGAGAAGAUGAACGCCAAGUGGGACACGACAGAGAAUCCAAUUUACAAGAGUCCUAUUAAUAAAUUCCAGAAUCCAAACUAUGGACGUAAAGCUGUUGCUCUUUAAGGAGAAAAUCCUAUUUAUAAAAGCGCUGUAACAACUGUCAUCAACCCCAAAUAUGAAGGCAAAUGAUGGACAUCGAUGUUAACCUCAAGAGUGUUUUGGAAGGAAUGGGCCGGGGGGAGAUUCUAUAUUUUCCCUUACAUUGUUUUUCACAUGUUCAUGUUAUUCUUUUAAACACAAUAUCGUAGUUUUAGGAAGCAGUAUCUUAUCAAGGACUGUCUGCCCCUCAUCCUUUGCAAAAUGUGUACAGUUUGUAUAGACUUUUUAUUUACAUCUGUUUAUUUUAACAUUUCUCUUUUCACACAGAACAUAAUCUUGUUUCUUUUCUUGAAGUGUUAAAGCAUUUGACUUGAGGUGCAAUGGGAUGCUCGAAUCCCUAAAAGAUUGCAAAACCAACAACAAAACAAAUGUCAUGUUUAAAAAUGUUUUACUAUUUUUCAUUAUGUUUAAAUGAAGUAUCAAUAGGAACCGUUAUAUAUAUAAGUUUAGUGGAUACAUCUUCUUUCUCAUCAUCACAGUAAACUGGGAAAGUGUGGCUUGUUUGUUAAUUAUCUAUGCAUACUUGUUCACUGUUAUAGACUCUAUCACGCAUUCAUGCCAAAAGCAUCUUUAAGACAAUUUAAACAUACUGCUUGUAGAAUGGCACGUGUGUAGAGAUCAGAAGUUUAGCUGAAAAUAUGGUCUGUGCAUUUUAUAUGUUAUGAAAGGAUUAUGUGUUGAAUUAUCAUGUAACUCUUGAUGAGUAUUAGUGUAUUCAGGUGAUAUCCUGUAGUAUGAAGUUCACCGGUAUGGAAGACAAAUGCCAUAAAAUUGCUUACUAGAAAUGAGCAAAAUCUACAAAUGAAGGUUUUUAAUAUUUUGUUUAAGUUGGCAUACUUCAUCAUUUCUGUUAUUUGUAACUAAAUACACAUCAAUCUGAAGUUGUAAUGAUUCAUAAAUAUGAAGUAAGAAAUUAUGCUGUAUGAGGCAAAAAUCUUUUGAGUAAGAGAUACUUGGAAAAAUCUGUAGGGAAAUGAAGAAUUGGAGAUGUGCGGAUGUUCAUAUAAUACUAAAAGGUACAAAAGUCCCGCUUUUUAUAUUAUUGUAUUGGAAUGUAACAGUGAGUUGUUAAUUUAAAUAUCAGAAGAAUUAAGACAUAAUCACGGAAGGAAAAAAGAGAUACUCUGUAAAACACCCCUGUGCUAAGUUUAACAUAUUAGUUUGGUUUAAAGUGCCUUUUUCUGGUAUUCUCAAUAUUGUCAUUUUGAAUGUAUUUAUUAAAAGAAAAUAUAAAAUUA